AUGACGAGCUCGACCGUCAGAUCCACGAUGCCCCAGAAAAAUCUCACCGCCUCCCGCAAGAAACGGUCCGUUCUCACUGCGAUCGCUUGCAGACAGCUCGCCGCCGCAACCUCGAAGCAGACCAGGCAGUCCGCAUGGGCGAUGAAGCCCACCGAGUCCCGCCGGCAAGCCGCGGAGCGACGGACGCCCGCGGCAAAGGUGUACCCUAGGGCGAAAGCGGCAGCGGAAGCACCUUCGAAGACGACGGCAAUUGUCAAGUCGAAGUCAUCGAGGCCUAAGGGUACUACUACGUCGAAGAGGGUGGUCGAAGGAGGCGACGGGGGCAGUGGGAGAAGCCCCAGCAGGAGGCGCGAGACACCCAGGGUCUCCGCUUCCCGCCACAUGGCCUGGGAGCGUCAACUCAGGGCAUCGACGACAGCAGGGGCCAGCAAUCCCGACCGCACGAAGGACGCGGCAGGUCACCGGGCACGGCAGAAGGCCGACAAGAAUGGCGGUGGCGACGGGGGCGGCCGGCCAUCCCUCGGCACCUGGGAGAAGACCAUCGUCCGACUGGAGAUCUUGAAAAAGAUCACAGGAAAGGGCGAUGAGGAGCUGGAGUGGCUCUGCUCGGCUAAACAGGGGGACGGGAUCCAGAAGAGCGAGACCCGGAGGGAUUGUGCGGAGACCGACUACCACCGCCUCCUGUUCCAAGAGUCCAUGCUGCAGGCGGGCAUGGAGAUCCUCAAGGACCGCCGGCUGGAGGUGUCCCUCAAGACCCUCGCCAAGAUGGGAGGAGACCUCGAACGCCUGACCAAGCUUCACGAGCAGCUUGCGGAAGAGGAGGCGUCUCUCACGACCGUCAAUGCUGAGGACAAGGUCGACGGGGACGAGGCCACCACGGAGGAGGCAGAGUCAGCGGCGGCGGCGUCAGCGGCAGUGAUGGCCUCGCUGCAAAGAGACCGCCUCGGGCAGGCCAGGGUCGAUGCCGAGGCCGAGCUUCGCCGAGUGUUGGAGGGCAUCUCGGAUGCACAGAGGAAGGUCCUCCUUGUGGGGCACGGCCUGAAGGAGGAGGUUGCGGGCGGGACGAGGAAGGUCUUCGGGGAGUGCAAGAGCGGGCUGGAGACAGCCAUCGGCAUCACGGGGAGUGUAGGGUCGGCGAGAGAGCUGGUCGCACCCACCCAGGCUGCGAGCGGCCUCCGAAGCAUGGAGGCUGACGUCAAGACAAUGGCUGAGACGCUUAGCAAGACGAGGAGGGACUGCCAGGCAGCCCUUGAAAAGAUGGAGCUGUGGCGGGAGCGAAAAGAGGCGCUGCCCGAACACGUCAAGCACGUGGCGGGCGAGGAGAGGGCAUGGUUCGACCGCGAGGCCGCGACCAACGCGCAGGCGCUGCGGCGCAUGCGCUCGCUGAUGCCGGUGGGCGUGACCGGGCUCACGCUGUCCGAGUUGGAGCAGCAAGCCAUCGACGCCGGCUCGUUGUACCCGAGGGAGUUGUCGCUGAGACUGAAGGAGAACCGGCUCCUCCAGUGGACGGUAACGCACCCGGACGACAUCGCCAGGAGCAAUUUCCUCCAGGGCUCCCACGCCCAUUUCUUCACCAAUCUUGACAAGUACGACCUGGUGGAGAUGAGAGCGAUCCUGGCAUGCCUCCCGGACAAGUUCGAGGUGGACGAUGACGGUCGCAAAGCCGCCUGGAGGGCCGAGUUCGUGCAACGGGCUAAGGGGCUGGUCGCACAGGAGAGAGGAGACACGGUCAGCGGGGGCUGGGACCCCGAGAUCUCGGCCAGGCGGCAAGUGCGCCUCCCCGAGCUGAGCGCAGGGCAGGCCAGGAGGGAGGAGUACUUCUAUCCGACGGCGGCGGAGGUGCAGGCCAGGGUGGACAAGCUCCGAGAGCGGCAGCGCAGGCUGGAGGUCAAGCAGGUCGACGUGGCCAAGGUGAGGGACGAGCUUCUCCCCGAGGCGAGACGAGAGUACGAGUACGUCCUCGAGGACUCUCGCCACCCGUUCAACAGGGCCACGUGCAAGCCAGAGGAUCUCCGGAGGGCCAGAGAAGAGGCCAAGUCGGAGGUCACCAGGCUGUCGAAAGAGGCGAAACGCCUCGAGGGUCACGUGGAGUCGGCGGCCCGCGCGCUGCGGGAGAGCCCGUCCACGGUGGACGGCACCCUGGCGGGGGCCGCGGCUACCCGCCGGUUGCUGUCCGCAAGGAAGCUCCUCCGCUUGCAGCAGCAGCAGCAGCAGCAGCAGACGGAGACGACAGCCACCGCCACUGCUUCCGUCCCGGCACGUGGCCCGGCGGCCGCGGAGGCGGAGACGGCGGCAUCCACUGCGGAGGCGGCGGCGGCGGCGGCGGAAACACCCACUGCGGACGGGCAGGUAGAGGAGGUGGAGGAGGACGAGGAGGAGUUCGAGGUGGAAGAGGGGUCGGAGGUCGAGGGAGCGUUCGACCCUAACCCCGAGCUCCGGUCGAGGCUGAGCGACAAGAGCAAGUCCCUCCGGUUCGUCACCGCGGACGAGGAGGCCGAAAUCCGGAAGGAAGAGCUGGGGAGGGUCUUCUCCUGCUCCUCCCGGGGGGCCCGCGGAAUGGCAGGGGCCAACGGCGGCAAGAGCAGCACCAACGGUGGCGGUGGUGAUGACGCCGAGGGGGAAGACGAAACGGCCGGAGGGAAGACUUCGGCCGUCGGUGGAGGGCACGCCAAGGACCGCAUCAAGGCCUUCGGCGCGGUGCUGGAGAAGACCCUGAGCAAGACCGUGCUCGGGCGGGCCCCGGCUACCGCUCCCGGUCGGACCAGGAAGGCGGGCACCCCGCCCCGGCCGCAGCAGCGGGACUCCAACGCUGCGGCCGUCGCCGCCGCUGCGUCGUGGGAGCCGAAGUCUAAGCACUUCCGCGCCCUCCGGUCCGCGACCGCCGCCAGGAGCAGUGGCGGCUCUCGCUUGACCGGCUGCCCGAACCCGCCGCCGCCGCCGCCCCCGCCGAUGCUGGGAAUGCUGUCGCAGAUCCGGGCCCGCGGCGGCGGCGGCGACCGGCAGAGCGGCGGUGGCCAAGCGGCGGCAGGCAUCGGCGAUCUUCUGGCGGAGAUCCGGACCCGCGGAGAGCGGGGUGGCAGCGGCGGCGGUGGUGGCGGCGGCGGCACCCAGAGCGGUGGUUGCGAAGCGGCGGCAGGAAUCGGCGGGCUUCUGGCGGAGAUCCGAGCGGCGAAGCGCGGUUGA